AUGUAUAGACAACGCCGCCACCCCUCCAGGCUAGCCCAGUUCAUCCUCACCACCCAGCUAGUCGUCUUCGCCAUCUCCAACCUCGCCCUCCUGGCCCUCUCCUUCGUCGCCAUGGCACAAACCAAGCGCCUCCCCGACCCCAUGUACCCGGACUGGGCCGUCUACAACUACACGGCCGCCACCGCCGGCGUCGCCUCCCUCGUCCUCGUCGCCUCCUUCAUCACCACCAUGGGCCGCCACCGCCGCGCCUCCGGGCCGGGGCCCUUCCUCACGCCCCGCUACGUCCGCCGCUGCACCCUCUUCACGGCUGUUCUUCACGCCCUCGCCUUGCUGCUCAUCUUCCACGAGGCGUACGUCUGGGAGCAGCUCUCCCAGGGCGAGAAGCACGAGAUCCCCUGGUCCCUGCUCACCAUCAAGUCCACCGUCCUCAGCGUCCCAGUGGGCAGCUUGGUUUUCAAACUGACCAGUAUCAUCAUUUGUCGAAUUUCAAGUCUCACCGGGGCGCUGUUUACAGGCCUAUCCCUUGCAUUUGAGGAGCCAGGCGUGAGAGAAUACCCGAGUAAGGAGGUGACGACAAGGACUCCAAGCACGCUUCAGGUGUUAUAA